AUGGAUAUAGCAACAGGUCCCGAGUCGCUGGAGAGGUGUUUCCCCCGCGGGCAGACGGACUGCGCCAAGAUGUUGGACGGCAUCAAGAUGGAGGAGCACGCCCUGCGCCCCGGGCCCGCCACUCUGGGGGUGCUGCUAGGCUCCGACUGCCCGCAUCCCGCCGUCUGCGAGGGCUGCCAGCGGCCCAUCUCCGACCGCUUCCUGAUGCGAGUCAACGAGUCGUCCUGGCACGAGGAGUGUUUGCAGUGCGCUGCGUGUCAGCAAGCCCUCACCACCAGCUGCUACUUCCGGGAUCGGAAACUGUACUGCAAACAAGACUACCAACAGCUCUUCGCGGCCAAGUGCAGCGGCUGCAUGGAGAAGAUCGCGCCCACCGAGUUCGUGAUGCGGGCGCUGGAGUGCGUGUACCACCUGGGCUGCUUCUGCUGCUGCGUGUGUGAGCGGCAGCUCCGCAAGGGCGACGAGUUUGUGCUCAAGGAGGGCCAGCUGCUGUGCAAGGGCGACUACGAGAAGGAGAAGGACCUGCUCAGCUCCGUGAGCCCCGACGAGUCCGACUCGGUAAAGAGCGAGGACGAGGAUGGGGACAUGAAGCCGACCAAGGGGCAGGGCAGCCAGAGCAAGGGCAGCGGGGAUGACGGGAAGGACCCGCGGAGGCCCAAGCGGCCGCGGACCAUCCUCACCACGCAGCAGCGAAGAGCCUUCAAGGCCUCAUUCGAGGUCUCCUCCAAGCCCUGCCGGAAGGUCCGAGAGACGCUGGCGGCAGAGACGGGCCUCAGCGUGCGCGUGGUUCAGGUCUGGUUUCAGAACCAAAGAGCCAAGAUGAAGAAGUUGGCGCGGCGGCACCAGCAGCAGCAGGAGCAGCAGAACUCGCAGCGCCUGGGUCAAGAGGUCCUGUCAAGUCGCAUGGAGGGCAUGAUGGCCUCCUACACGCCGCUGGCCCCGCCACAGCAGCAGAUCGUGGCCAUGGAACAGAGCCCCUACGGCAGCAGCGACCCCUUCCAGCAGGGCCUCACGCCGCCCCAAAUGCCAGGUGACCACAUGAACCCCUAUGGGAACGACUCCAUCUUCCACGACAUCGACAGCGAUACCUCCUUAACCAGCCUCAGCGACUGCUUCCUCGGCUCCUCGGACGUGGGCUCCCUGCAGGCGCGGGUGGGGAACCCAAUUGACCGGCUCUACUCCAUGCAGAGUUCCUACUUCGCCUCCUGAGAGCAGCAGCCGGGCGCACGGACGCUUGGGCGAGGGUCCUGGGGUGGGACUGCGGCGCACAGCACAGCCAGCCUCGGCGCCCCGGCCCUGCCGCCCGCACAGACUCUGCAGACAGCCAUACGGUGCCCUCCCCUGGGCCGGCCGGGCCUGGCCACGGCGCCCGCUCGGCACCGCCAGACAGGCAGACGGGCGCAGCCUGGGCAGGGGCUAUGUCCUGCCCACGAGACCACGUCACUCCCGGGGACCCAGAGCUCGCGGAUGCCACUUGCCCCCCAGCCCCACCUCAGCCUCCAUCGCCUCCUCUCCCUCCCCAUCUCUUUUUUGGGAAGCUUAAAUUCUCUCUAUUUUUUUAAGUGUCCUCUCUGUGUCCAGCCAACCUCCACGGCCUGGGCCUGGGCCGGCAGGGGCCCUGGGUGCCUCAGGAUGACGAUGUUGUGGGCGGUUACCUGUAGGGAGCCCUGCCUCCCACCGCGGGCAGACCUGCUGCCUAGUGUCACCCCUCCCCGCCCGAGCCUGGAGCAGAAGUGGGGAAGAGCUUGUGGGGCGCCAGGCCCACCGAGUCACGGGGGUUGGGGGUAGAUUGAGCCCAGGCAGACUCCAAGGGACCGAGACACACAUUCCAGUGCACACAUACACUUAAAGGCACACCCACGCAGACCCGCACAGAGAUCUGUAGAGACGCUGUAAGAGACAGCGAGGCCUCUGUGGA